GCCUCCAUCUGAAUUUGAUCCUGUUUGACUCACCCACCAUCUUUUUGUUUUUUUGUUGAUAAUUAAUAAUACGUUCAUGGUUGUUUGAACAGUUGUCCUACCAAUUUCUGUUGAAAGUCAGUGGAAUCUGUAAGAAGCUGUAUUUGUUGACAGAUCAAUACUACAUGAGGGAUGUUUUACUGUGUGCCACUGCAGAUGAAUCAACUCCUUUCUUCUUGCAUUGUCUUUGCCAGACUGAUGUUAACUUCUCCUCUGGGAUACUUUUUCUGCUGUUUCUUCCUUUUAUGUUCCCUGUAUCUGGAUGGGUGGAGCAACACCUUGGCUGAUGGUAGCAGAGGAAAAGCAGAAAGGAAAGAGGAGAGGGUGAGACUAUGAUGACUUCAUGUCUUUUAGUCACUGAGUGUUUUGCCAGUCAAUCGUUGUGCAUGUCUGAGAUUAGAAAAUACCGGCCUGGUUAAAUGUUGAAACUUUUUACAUAAAUACUGUGUAUCAGUAAAGAUAUGUUGUAGAUGCGUAACUAAGGGAAAUAACAGUGAGUAGAAUGUGAGAAGUAUUGAUAAUUAGUCCUUCACCACAAAGUGAGGUGCCAUUUCUCCUCAUAAUGUUUUAAGACUGCUGUACUGUAGCUUCAGCAGUAAUGUCACACACAAAAACACAUGCAAUUUAUACUGCUGCCUCUGUGGAAAAGCAACAUUGAAUGCAGGUUUACAUUCCCGAACGCGCUACUACUUAAUAAAGUCUGUGAAAGGAGACACUGUAAAUCAACCCUGUAGCACUGCUAUAUACGUGUAUGACUUUAAGGAUCAUAGUUUUUCCCACACCUUUUAUUUAUUAAUUUAUUUAUUUAGUUGCAUGAAAUAUUUAAAGCAGAACAUGGAUCUACUCUGAAUGCCACAUGAUGGAUGAGUGGGUACAGCAGGCAAUCAAGGAAUUCCAGAAGUAUGGAUUACGUUUUGAAAUAUAGACCAACAAAUUCUAAGACACAAAUACAUUAAUCAUAAGACAAGUAAUAGCAUCGCCUCACGGAAAACCCUGAUGCUUUUAUACCACUAGGUGAUUUCUCAUUGCUUUCUAUUAAGUCAUUUGUUUCGUGUUAGUAGCUGCGCUCUGCUUUCUCAACGAUGGCCGAGGGAAUGUAAGGAGAACUGAAGACUGCUGUUUUGUGUGUGUGUGUGUGUGUGUGUGUGUGUGUGUGUGUGUGUGUGUGUGUGUGUGUGUGUGUGUGUGUGUGUGUGUGUGUUGCAGCUGUAUAUGUAUUUGAUAAUAAAGCCAUUGUGCCUGUUAGCACUAACUGCCUUCCUAAAGUGCGAAUUGUGCACAUCCUGUCUGAGCUUUGGCUUAAAUGAUACAAGUCUUCUGAGGUAAAACCCAAGUGCCUCAUUCUCAGAAGGUUUUGCAACACAGACUGUGUAAUUAUAUCUGAUUUACUGCUUUCUUUUUGCUCUCUGCAGCUUUUUGCCCACAGUUUACCACUCAUACAAAGCAAAGAAUUUGAGACUGUUGUCUAUGGCAUGAACUGAGCGAAACUUUAAACUAUUUGUAAUAUUUUUAACCCGUCCUAACUCUGAUUGUUGGUCCGUGCCAGAUACUGGUUACACACUGAGAUUGCAUCUGAAAAUGCAAUCGUGUCAUGGAAAAAGGUCAGUGGUGUUUGGGAAACAUUUUUACUGGUUGCAAUGAUUAGUGUUCAGAAAACACAAGCUGUAAAUAUAUAGCAAGAAAUGAGUGAAUGAUAGAUCUUAUUUACCAGGAGAGGUCGGCUAGAAAAAGACCAGGACGACUUGUGUCCUCACAACUUACCCACACACAUACCUGAGCUGGUGAGUCUUCCUGAUUUGUGUUGCCAGUUUCUUUUCUAUCCAAACUUGAACUUAAUCUGUACCAUAUAAUAACUAUGUUUUGGAAUGUAUUAUUAAAUAUGAUCAACCGCAAUUCUCAUUUUUACUUUUCCUCAAAAUAUUGUCUGAAGUUCAAACCCUGGCCGCCUCUUGACGUGUGAUGGAGUCUGCUAUAGGUGUGCUUGUGACCCAGUUCAAGGCGUAUGCUGGCAGCGAUGGUUCCUCUGACACACUGAGCAGAGAUGAGUUCCACAGACUGGUUACAUCAGAGCUCCGUAACUUUAUCAAGAAUGCUGCCGACCCCGCUGCCAUUGACCAACUCAUGAGCUCAUUGGACAAGAACAAUGACGGAGAGCUCAACUUCCUGGAGUUCUGGCUGCUAAUUGGGCAUCUUGCAAGCAAGCAUGGGGGGUUUACCCUAUAAAGAGUCCUCAGUUACUCUGUUACGGUUUCAUGUGUUACCGUCAUGUUAAAAUAAAUGUGAAAACAGCCAAAUAGAAAAUACUCUAAAGUCAAUUUCAAAUGCACAACGCCGUGUUUUUACCAGUAGUGUGUGUUUCUUCUAACACAGUCCUCUCACCAGCAACUGCCAAACUGGCACAGACUCUGUCACAGAAUACUAUUUCAUCAUUAUUAGAACCAGUACUAGCUGUUUCCCAGCAUACACACAAACACACACUCACAGCUGCUUGUGCUUACAGGUCUAUGAGGGAGUUUAACAUCUCCUUCCUGGAAACAAACAGAGGUGUGGUGAUGGCAGAGCAGGAUUUUCUGUUUAAAGGUGGAAUUAAAAUGUCAGCAAAAUGUUUUUAAAAACAAAGUGUGUGUUUCUUGCUGCUCAGGCCUUCAUAUGACAGUUUGUUCAAAUGUUUCCUUUCUACUGAACACUAUCUAUCAAUUCUUUGCACAAGUGAGUAAAGUUUCAGGGUGUGGCUUGAGUACAUCUGUCUGUUGGGAAAGCUUUGAACACACGCGCACCUAGACAUGGGCGCGUGCUUGUUCCUACAUGUUGAGAUAAAGUGUGCCAGGAAAAAAUGCAGAUGAAUGAGCAAGUAUAAAACGGACAUAUUAAACUGAAGAUGUUUGAUUAAACCACAUGAGAAA